CCGUGCUGGGAGUCCAGGCCCAGGGAGCGGCCGGGGGCGGAGUAAGGCCGUGGGGCUUAUGCCGGGCGUUCCUCGUCGGUGCACGGCGCUGCCUGCGGCCUUCGUCGCGGCUGCGAGCUGGCAUUCGUCUUGCUGUGCGCGCUGUGCUUUGUGAGGGAGUCCUGCUUCCUCCCCGACCUAACGCGGUUGGCUUUGCUGUCGGAUGCAGAGUUUAAUGGACGUGCGUACGCUGCUCAAGGUUUAAGAGGCCUAAAGCUAUACUAGAACUUAGCGAGAAUGGAUACGUACUUUAAAGCUGCAGUCUGUGACUUGGACAAACUACUGGAUGAAUUUGAACUGAAUACAGAUGAAUGUGACUUCUCCAGAGCACCUCAGAAUCCAUAUGAUUCAAAACACCGUUCCCUUCCUUUGGAUUUGGAAUUCUUGCAACGCGUAUACCCAACACAAAAACUACAGGAGAAUGCUAACAGUUGUACUGCAUCAGAAGAAAUCUCUCAAGCCAGCCACACCAGACCAAAUGAAGGGAUUCUGAAUUGUUCAUCACAAAAUGAGAGGAGUGUUUCUGGGCCUGAUAUUUUGUCCACUGUGAACAGUGCUUCCUCGGAAGGAAGUCAGGGUUCAAACCUGGGAAGUAGUAUACUUACGUGUGAUCUUGUUAAUGACAUAAGUAACUUGAUCCGUUCAGCAGGUGCUAAUGUAGAUAAUCAGAAAUUGCAGCCAGGUGACUCUCACUGUAGUGAAGACUGUUUGAGUGGCUUUGGCAAAUCUUUCAUACCUCUUCCUGAUUGUUUAUUUUCAUUGGGUUGCAGAGGUGUUUCGUGUACAGAGCAGAAUGAUGGGGACUCAAUGCUACAACAUUCAGGACCUCUUAAAACAGAAGAGAGUAAUCAAUUAGCUUUAAAAUCAGAUGUUUUUGCUAAAGCAAAGGUUUCAGAUCUGUGUGAUUAUCACUUCACUUUAAAAAUACAGUCCUAUAUUGAAGUAUUUGAUCAUCUUGAACAAACUGCUCACCCUAAUACUGCGUGUGUCUCUGAAACAUUACAGAAUUCAAAUGUGUACGAUCCCAAAGAUGAGGCAGCGUAUGAAAAAUUGCCUUCUGAGCCACAAGACGGAAGCACGUGCUCUCCUGUGAGCAAAGAGAUGUAUGGAGGAAAUGCUGCAGAAAAUGUUACCUUGGAAGAUCAGUGUAAAAUGGAAUCCAUGCCUUCAGAUCUGCCAAAUAGACAUCAGAUGGACAAAAGCAGUGGAACAUUACCUGAAAGUCAUGCUUUACAAGGCUCCAUACAUCAAACGGGGGCUGAAGUAGAACUAGAAGAGAAAAUUACAGAAGAAAAUAUGGGUAGUGAAAAAGUUGCUGACAGUGAAGUACUAAACAGUGCUUUAACUUUGUGUGUAUCAGUUGAGGAUGUCCAGACAUCACUGCCACAUCUUCCACUUCCUGUAUCUCUGUGUGGUUCCUCAGUUGUAACGGAAGAAAAAGUUAAUCUUCUACCUCAGAAUGAAAUAGCAGAGGUUAUUAGUGACAGUUUAACUGUUAACGCUGGGAAGUUUAAAACGGAUCUCUCUAAUUGUGAAUCCCCCAAAGAGACUGACUUAGAUGAACAGGAAGGAUAUUUAACUAAAAUCAACCAAAGCAUUGUAGAAAAUACAGAUGGAGAGACCUGUAAUACUGAGAGUGUAAUUGAUGACAGUGAUUCUGAGCAAAUCAAAGCUAUUGCUCCUACUUUCAUGGAAUAUGAAGCUGAGCCAUAUGGUGUUGGUAUAGACUGUUACUACAAUGAAGGUAUUAGCCAAACUGUAGCUGACUUCACUGCUGACGAGAGUAUUAUUGAAAGUAAUACUCUUGUAAGUGAUGCAGAGCUUGAUGAAUUCUUGUAUGGGCAAAGUCAUCUGUCCAAUUCACUGGAUUCUUUAAGCAAUGGUAAUAACUUAAUGGCAGCUGACACAGAAGUAAAUUUGAGAGAUGAGAACCUGGAUUUCACAAAGGUCACUGAAGAACAUGCACAAACAAAACUGGAGGAUAUAACUAGCAUUAGUAGUAAUCUCGAAGUUUCUCCUGCUGCCAGUAAGUUGGAACCUCCAGCAGAGGGGAGUGCAUUUCAUAUUCAAAAUGCGAGAGAGCAUGAUAGUGAGGCACAAGUUUCAAAGCUUCCUACUGAAGGUGCAAGACCAAAGCGGUUGUUUGACUGUACACAAGGAGGUGUUGGUCAGAGACAACUGAAUCAAAUACAUGUGCUGGAGAGAGCUGUUACUCCAGAAGCUGCCUUCUCAAGGAGCAGCAUUACUUCUGAUGGAAGUUCUGAACCUACUGGGGAAAGUGGCACUGAAGCAGGAAAAAGUCAAAUAUUUCAAAGUGUAGAAUCACUUAAAACACCUGCAGCUCUUCUGCACAAACAGCCGUUGUGGGUUCCUGAUUCAGAGGCACCCAACUGCAUGAACUGUCAAGUGAAGUUCACGUUUACAAAAAGACGACACCACUGUCGUGCAUGUGGAAAAGUUUUUUGUGGUGGUUGUUGCAAACGAAAGUGCAAACUACAGUACAUGGAGAAGGAAGCAAGAGUCUGUACUCGCUGCUACGAUGAUAUUAAUAAAGCACAGGCAUUUGAAAGAAUGAUGAGUCCAACAGGUCCUGUCCCUAACUCCAGUGUCUCUUCUGAGAAUUCUUCUCCCCCACCUUUGCUGGAAGCCUGUAUACCUGGUAGUGCCAGCUGUCCCUCAUUUUCUGCAUCAUCACGUAUUUCAGCACUUAAACAACCUGAUAAUGAAGAGCUGUGCCCCAAAGAACAGAAGAGAGUUUGGUUUGCAGAUGGUAUUUUGCCAACUGGUGAAGUGGCAUAUACAACAAAGCUUUCAUCUGGAGCAAAGAGGUCAUCACAGGACACAGUAUGCUCUGAUGUGCCAGAGCUGCAUAUGGCUGCAAAUGCAGAGGAAGAUGACAUACCAUCUGGUGUAAAUUCAAAACCAAAAGAAAUGGAUGUUAUUACAAGAACGGAGGGAUUAUGUCCUGUUCCUUCAGGGGAUGCACAACAGACUAUUUCCAGCCAGAGCGAGAUGGUGGAUAGCGAUAAAUCUUUGACUCCAGACACUAAAGAGUGUUCUUCUGCCACGGAAUCUGAGACUAGUGUUAAUUUAGUAGAUUGGACUAGAAUUGAUAUGCCUGUUAGUCCUGCAAGUUACAGAGCACUUUGUGGUAUUGAAAACUGUGUUCGUAAAGACAUCAGCCUUCUUCCUGAUGGUGAUAAACUGCCACCGCUUCUGCUUGCCACGGGUGAAAAAGGAAAAGAUCCUCUAGUGGAAGAACAUCUAUCUCACCAACAGGUCGCCUUGCUUCUUGAGAAAGGAGGUGCCAAUCCGUUAACUUUUAUCCUAAAUGCAAACUUGCUUGUGAAUGUCAAGUUAAUAUCUUAUUCUUCAGAAAAAUGCUGGUACUUCUCAACAAAUGGGCUACACGGAUUGGGGCAGGCAGAAAUUGUCAUUCUGUUGCAGUGUUUGCCAGAUGAGAAGACUUUUCCUAAUGAAAUAUUCAAAUUAUUUAUUGACAUCUAUAAGAAUGCAGUAAAAGGAAAGUUAACAAGAAACAUGGAAAAUGUUAUGGUUAGUGAAAACUUUCUCGGUAACGAAGAUCAUGGAGGAUUCCUGUUUGUUUCACCAACUUACCAGAAACUUGAUGAUUUAAUUCUACCAGAUAACCCUUUUCUUUGUGGCAUUCUAAUCCAUAAGCUGGAAAUACCCUGGGCAAAAGUUUUUCCAAUCCGUUUAAUGUUGAGAUUGGGAGCAGAAUAUGGGGUAUAUCCAACUCCUGUAGUAAGUUUCAGACAUCGAAAGCCACUCUUUGGAGAAAUAGGUCACACAAUUAUGAAUCUACUUGUUGAUCUUAGAAACUAUCAAUAUACUUUGCAUACCAUAGACAACCUAUUUGUUCACGUGGAAAUGGGUAGAAGCUGUAUUAAAAUACCCUUAAGGAGAUAUAAUCAAGUGAUGAAGGUGAUAAAUUCCUCUAAUGACCAUGUAAUUAGCAUUGGAGCCAGUUUUAACACUGAAGCAGAUUCUCACUUUGUGUGCGUGCAGAAUAAGCAAGGUCUUUAUCAUACACAAGCAAACAGCACUAAUGAACAUCCUAGGAAAGUUACAGGUGCAAGUUUUGUGGUAUUUAAUGGAGCCUUAAAGACAUCUUCAGGAUUUCUAGCUAAAUCCAGUAUAGUUGAAGAUGGAUUAAUGGUCCAAAUAACACCAGAGACAAUGGAAAGCCUACGUCAAGCAUUAAGAGACAAGAAGGACUUCAAAAUAACUUGUGGCAAAGUGGAUGGAGAAGGCCUAAAAGAAUAUGUAGAUGUUUGCUGGGUGGAAGAUGAAGAAAAAACAAACAAAGGAAUUUUAAGCCCGGUGGAUGGAAAAUCGAUGGAAGGAACUCAGAGUGAAAAAAUACCACACACCAGAGACUUUGAAAGAAAAGGGAAAGUUUUGAAGUGUACUGAAGUGUAUUAUUUCCUAAAGGACCAUGAACUACCCAGUGCCGUUCAUCUCCAGUUUGCUAAAGACAUUGCUGCUGCCUGCAGCACUGCUCUUUGCCCACACCUUAAAACCUUGAAGAAGAAUGGGAUGAAUAAGAUAGGCCUGAGAGUUUCUGUUGACUCAGAUAUGGUUGAGUACUUAGCAGGAUCCGGGGGUCACCUUUUUCCACAGAAAUACCUGAAUGAAUUGGACAAAGCUCUGAUUCCUGUGAUCCAUGGUGGGAUGUCAGAUCCUGCAAGCUUACCACUGAAAAUGGAAUUAAUAUUUUUCCUUAUGGAACAUUUAUUUUGAAACCAAUUUCUGGCAAGAUACCGGUUCACUAGCUCUGAACACCAAAGUUGUAAUGCAUCAAACACUAAAGAUCAAAUUUUCUAAAACCAUUUUGGUUUUAAUGGAUUUUCAAACUGUAUUUAAACAAAACAAGAGCCCAACUUCCAUUUGUUACUUUACCACAGAAAGAAGCGUAGUCUGUAAAGUUCCCUAAAGUUCUGAAACUUUACACUUAAUACAGUUGCAGAAGAAGGCAGUUGCUUACCUCUGUACACUAUUGUACCAUUUACAUUGUGUUGUGUAACUUCCAGCCAUACUAUCUUGCCUCGUAACGUCAGAUAAGUAUUGAAGAAACUGCUGCAGUUAGAUCUUAUCUCAUCCUGAAGCAUGCGCUUUCCAUGUGCAAAGAACUUCCUUGCUAUUUGAGGUUCAGAUAUGAGGUCUUAGGUAGCUGACUGCAUACUUCAUGCCUCAGUGUAAAUACAGGUGGACACUUCUUGACACUUGUUUUUGAUCAGCACAAGGAAUCACAGAAUGGUUUAGAGUGGAAGGGACCUUAAAUAUCACCUAGUUCCAGUCCCCCUUCCGUGAGCAAGGUUACCCCCGACCAGAUGAGGCUGCCCAGGGCCCCAUCCUGCCUGGCCCUGAGCAUCUACAGGGAGGAUGGGACACCCACAGCUUCUCUGGGCAUCCUGUGCCUGGGCCUCAGCACCCUCUGAGUAAGCAAUUUCUUCCUAACGUCUAACCUAAACCUCCCUUCUUUUUGUUUAAAGCCCUUGCACCUCAUCCCAUCACUCUCAGACUGUGCAAAAAGUUGAGCUCCCUUUAAGUACUGGAAGGAUGCAGUGAGAUCUCAGAGCCUUCUCUGGAGUACUGCAUCCAGGCCUGGGGUCCCCAGCACAAAAAGGAUGCAGAGCUGCUGGAGUGGGUCUAGAGGACCACAAAAAUGAUCAGAGGGCUGGAGUACUUCUCUUUGGAAAAAACAGUGAGGGAGCUGGUUUCUUCCAAACCUCAUUAGAGUCCUGUGGGCCCACUUCUCAAGCCUGUCCAGGUCCCUCUGGAUGGUGUCCAUUCCUUCUGUUCUGUCAGCUGUACCAUUCAGCUUGCUGAGGGCGCACUUGAUGCAGCUGUCUGUCUCAUUGAUAAAGAUGCUGAGGAGCACCAGUCCCAAGACAGACUCCUGGGGUGACACUGCUUAUGACCUGCCUCCACUUGGAUGUAGAUCCAUUGACCACAUCUCUCUGGCUGUGACCAUCCAAUCAGUUAUUUAUCUAUCAUAUAUUCCACCCUUCAAAAUCUGUCUCUCUCCAAUUAGGAGUAAGGUGGUGGGGGACCGUGUUAAAGGCCUUGCAGAAAUCCAGGUGGGUGACCUCAGUUGCCCUUUCUUUGUCCACAGAUGCUGUCACUAUCAUAGGACACCAGAUAGGUCAGGCAGAAUCUGCCCUUGGGGAAGCUGUGCUGGCUGUCUCAGUUCACCUGCUUGUUUUGCGUGUGCGUUAACGCAUGAGGAGGAUCUGUUCCAUGAUCUUCCCAGGUGCAGACCCAGGCUCACUGGCCUAUAGUUCCCCAGGUCUUCUUGCACUGCUCUUACAGUGGAAGGGAUUUUGCUCACCUAGCGUCAACAUAGGUGUUCAGGGACAUGACAGGCGUGGGAAGCCUGACUGGCAGUGAAGACCGAGUCAGCCUUCUCCAUGUCUGUUGUAUUCAGUUCUCCCUUCUAAGUCAUCAGAGGGGGUACGCUCUCCUUUGCCUGUCUCUUCUGACCAACGUACCCAUAGAAUCUGUUAUUUUUCACACCCUUUGCCAGAUUUAGUUCCACCUGCACCUUGGCUUUUCUGAUUCCAUCUCAGCAAGACAACUGGCCCUGUUACCUUUUUGGAGGAGCCCUCCAGAAUUCCUUUGGGACAGAUCUGAGGCUUUCCCCUCCUUUCUAAAGUGCUCUUCCGUCACUUAGCAGUACAUCCCCCAUCAAAUCCCAUUUAAAAAAAAAAUUGCAAUUAAGUUUACAACAGCAUUGUAGGUGAAGUUCUGACUUCUUAAGAUACCAUGCUGGUGCUUCAGGAACAUACGCUUCUGAAUUACUUUUUGUAGAAAAACUGAUUCAAUUCUUGAAUUUGUAGGGAUUUAUCUUACUAAAACAGAUACUAUUUUUAUAAAUACUGAUCUUUUUUCUUUUACUGGGUGUUCAGAAGUCUUGAUGCAGUCUGACCUUUUGAGGAUUCGUAAAACGCCAGGUUAUCCUUGAAGUAAUCUACAUGUAGCAAUAAGACAGGAAUUCUGCACUAUCUUUUCUGCUUGCUUCUGCUUUUCUUACCUCUUGGUAGCCUCCUUUAUUUUCAGGGAGGACAAAUGUAUUAAGUGUGCGUUUUCAUGAACAGAUUUAGUAUUGUAUGUAUUUUUUUAUAUUGGGUCCUUAAAAUCUAUUUAUGUACUUGGGAUGCACGUGAUUUGUACCAAGGUUCCAUGAACCAAGGUUUGGUGUCUGUCACAACUAUUUACCAAAAAGAAAACAACAGAACCGAGUUCAUGUUCUAUAUUGUUUUCAGUAAAAAUGCUGGUACAGGUUUAUGAGGCUAUUAACAGUUUGCUGUCUUCUCGAUGCUCAUUGGGGAUAUUUCGUGUUUUUGUCUCAAAAACAACUUGUAGCUUAACCUGUUCAGCUCUGUGCUUUAGAAAACAAGUGUUGGAAGAUGUCAGGCUCGUGGCCUGGAGGACUCUGGGGAUACAUUUGAACUGAUUCUUCGGCAAAACUGUAGUUCUGGAGAGGAGCUGGGGGCCGCAGGAUGGGCGGUUCAGUGCAAGCAAGUCGCACCUCGAUGCCGCUGGGCAACCUCACCGUUGUUUCCUCUGGUUAAUAAAUGUAAUGAGGUGGAGGUGACCUUCCUGCGCUGCAGCAUCUCCCUGAUCCGGGAGGGGCAAAGCAGCAAAACGCGUGUUUGUGCCGCCAGGUAACUAGAGGAGCCUUUUGCCAUUUAUCCUGUACUAACGAUCUCUAAGAGUUAAAUAAAGGCUAUCCCUUAUUUAAAUAAAA